AUGGCGAAAAUUUCGUUACUCAUCUCUCUUCUUCUGUGUAAUAUAUUCCUUCUAGUUGCUCAACAAACCACAGCCCAACAGCCAAGCUUCUUAUUCCAAUUUUGUCUAAACGACAAAGGUAACUACACCCUCAACAGUACCUACGAAGCAAACCUCAUUCACCUCCUCACAACACUUCCCACCUCCCAAAACGACAACGGUUACGGCUUUUACAAUGUCUCCUACGGCAAAGGCUCAGACCAAGUUUAUGCAGUUGGAUUAUGCCGUGGAGACGCCACACCCGAUAUCUGCCGAAGUUGCCUCAACGACUCCAUGCAUGUCCUCACAGAUAUCUGCCCGAACCAGAAGGAGGCAGUAGGAUGGUACGACAACUGCAUGUUGCGCUACUCCAAUAGGUCCAUGUUGGGCACUCCUGACACUACCUCAUUAUUCCGCAUGGCCAACCCCGAGAACGUGUCGUCUUCUAACGUGAAGCAGAAGUGUGGGGCAACGGAUUAUUUGAAGCACUUUGAUAAGCGAGGCAUUACAUUAGGGUUUUGUAGCUAA